AUGGCCGCCUCGUCCUUCUCCUCUCCCAUCAACUGGACCCUUCCGUCCUCGGCCUCCGGAUCGUCCAUCAAGAGACCCAUCAAGACCGUCUCGAAACCGUGUUUUGGAUGUGACUGUGGGGAUGAAGAUUCGAUAUCGGACUAUGGUGUAUCAGAGAAGCUAGGGGUUCUCAUUCCUUGUUAUCAACCCUAUAUAUUCCUGCUUUAUCUCUCUCGUGGGAAUGGUAGGUAG